AUGCGGAGGGCGGGAGGGAUUCCCCUGGUGUCCCGCCUCCGCAGCAGAGCUCCUCUCCCUGACCAUGACCCAGACCAGUGGGUGACCACGGAGGAUGCGUCGCCCCAUGACGCAGCGGGUUUGCACAAUCCCAUAGUGUGGGAUGCGAGUGUCCGGGCCCGGGACAGGACCAGACCUGCACACCUCCACACGGUGCGCACACGUACAGACGUAAGGAACAGACGCACGGACUGUCAGCCUGUGAUGAUGUUGUUCAUAGCUCUGCUCCUCGUGUCUUCCACACACGCGGUGAGUCCGGCUCCUCUGUCUACAGGUUCUUCUGUCUACAGGUUCUUCUGUCUACAGGUUCUUCUGUCUACAGGUUCUUCUGUCUACAGGUUCUUCUGUCUACAGCGUUUGUUGAGAGCCACUUCAAAAGAAGCGCCCGAUCCAAGCCGCAGAGUUUUCACCACAACAGGGAAAGAGUGUAAGUUCCCCUUUCGUCAGGGAGGGCGCCUCCAUCAGCAGUGCAUCACGGUGCUGUCCUCCAGACCCUGGUGCUCUCUGACUCAUAACUUUGAUCGCGACCGGAAAUAUGGCUUCUGUGUUCAAGAAAGGAAACUUCCAACAGAGGUCCUUAAUAACUCCAGGAGAGUGGUGGACCCCUGUCUGUCGGGCCCCUGUCUGAACGCUGGUCUGUGCUCGGCCCCUCACACUCACAUGUUCCUGUGUUCGUGUCCCGAGAGCCACGGAGGCCAACGCUGCGAGCAGAAAAAGUGCUACGAAAGCGAACACCGGCGCUACUAUGACACCGGAGAGUCUUGGGGACGAAUCCACAUGCGUAACGUGGAACAGUGCUUGUGUGUGGAGGGGGAGAGCCGGUGUGAGCGGGUGCACUACACGGCGUGUCGGUCCAACCCCUGUCAGAACGAAGGCUUGUGUCGGAAGAUCACGUCCACCGGACAAGAAGUGUGCUACUGUCGAAUGGGCUUCACUGGACCCAACUGCAGCUUGGAGCCGCGGACAGAGUGCUUCAGUGGGAGGGGUGUGAGCUACAGGGGAGUGGGGGGCACCACGCUGUCGGGCGCCCGCUGUCUGCCCUGGGAUUCAGAUCUGCUCUACAACGAGCUCCACGUGGGGAAUGUGGUCGCUUCCCCACAGCGGGGCCUGGGGGGCCACGCCUACUGCAGAAAUCCAGACGGUGACAAGCAGCCGUGGUGCUACACUCUCAGCGACAGCGCCAUCUCCUGGGAGUACUGCAACAUCCCGCCCUGUCUGCAGCCUGUGUCGUCUUCUCGGGGCAUAACCAUGAUCAUCAUGAACGCCGGCCCGAGGCGAAAACCCAAAAAGGCGCAGUGUGGAACGAAGCACAAGAAGCGGUUGUCGGUCGCCAGGGGCCGCAUCAUGGGGGGCACGUCGGCGCUGCCCGGGACGCACCCCUGGAUCGCCGCCAUCUACGUCGGACACACGGAGUUCUGCGCUGGGACCCUCGUCUCCUCCUGCUGGAUCGUCUCUGCUGCUCACUGCUUCUUCCGCAACCCUCUGAAGUCCCAGCUCCGCGUGGUGUUAGGACAGCACCGGUUCAACGUCACGGGGCCCAACACCAGAGUCUUCGGAGUGGAGAAGUACGUCUUUCCCAAACAGUUCUCCGUCUACGACCCCACGCUGCACGACAUCGUUCUGAUCAAGCUGAAGAAGCAGGACGGCCGCUGCGUGAGGAAAACCCCGUUCAUUCGUCCGCUCUGCCUCCCGGACAAAGGCAUGCUGUUCCCUGAUGACUACUGCUGCACUAUCAGUGGCUGGGGACAUAUUCGAGAGAAGGCAGAGGGCUACUCCAGUUUGCAGGAGGCUGGAGUCCGGCUCAUCUCUCAUGAAUCGUGCAGAAAACCUGAAGUUUAUGGAAACCACGUCACGUCUGACAUGAUCUGUGCAGGACUCAACGGCUGCGCGGACGCCUGCCAGGGCGACUCCGGGGGGCCGCUGGCCUGUGCGAAGGAUGACGUCAGCUUCCUGUAUGGCAUCAUCAGCUGGGGAGAGGGCUGUGGACGCACCAACAAACCCGGAGUGUACACCAAAGUGCUCAACUACAUGGACUGGAUCAACACUGUGAUCGGACGCAGCUCCAACACUUGA